AUGGGACACCAAGCCGGAUUCAAGUCAAUCAACUCAGAUGACGUCACGGAACCUCAGCUCGCGGCGACGAUAUCUAAUCCCUAUUGGGUUUUGACAUUAGCAGCGCCACCACAGUACCAAAGCUCUGUAAUCGGAUCAGAAUUUCAUACGAGUGUUAUAAUGUGGAAGAAGGAACGACAAUUUAGAGUUACGGGCAGUAGAUGUUAUCAAUUAUAUACAUACAGAAAUAAUCCCAAACCUGAUUGGGAAAGAAAAUCUGUAAAUUACUUUUAUCCAAAAGAUCUUUCGAAUAUAUACUUAAAGCAUGGUUUAAAAUAUGAUCCUAUUACCAGAAAACUGUAUGCACAGAUUCAUUCUGUAGCCAAAUAUUUAGUGUAUUUGAAAGUAGAUAAGCAAAAAUUUACUUCUAAAAAAAAGCAUUUUUAUUAUGCGCAAAUACAAUUUGGGAUAACCAUUUUACAUAUAAAAAGACCUGUUUGGUUUUAUAUGCACCGUAUGACAAUUCUAUGA